GCUCAACAUGAAUAGGUAGUAAGCUAGGCGGCGGCUCCUCCACGGCUUGCGGACUGUUAUCCCUCUUUUUAUUUCUCCCGCGGUUGAUGCGAUUGCCAUCUCCUCAACAUUUUGUGGCUUUUUCCACCAUAACAACUAUACCCAAGGGGCAUACAAAUUUGCUCGGCGGUGAUAUACUUUGGCAGAUCGUACAGUGCCUUACUACUUACCUAUACGUUACUGCUCCUCGUCCUCUUUUCUUUCGUCGUCUCUGUUUCUAUCACGUUUGGUGGCGUCCCUGCCCGAGGUUGAUUUUCAUCGCCAGGUGGCAUGGCACAAUAGCUACUAUCAUUUUUUGUUUUUUUUGUUUGGGUCAACGGUUAAUUCAUGUCAAUCAAUCACGAGGCACAGGAUUUUGACUCUACUGUUUGUAAUCCCCCUCUUCACAUUGAUCGGGGAUUCAUGGGUUCAGGGGCUCGGGUCAACAAAGGGGGCUAUUUACCCCCUGACAUAAUGUAACAUGGCGCGAAUUUUAUUUUCAUUGGCGAUCCCAUUUUGUGUAAG